CCUAUGCAUUCAUCCACACAUCCACACAUACAUAUCCAUACAUAUAUAUAUAUACAUGGACAGACACAAAUGUAAACACACACCAGAGACUCAGCCUGUCUCUCCACUGUGCAACCAAUUCACCAGUUGUCUGGAGAGUAGCAGGUUUAUGGAGGAGUACUGUAUAUAUACAUAUACAUAUAUAUAUAUCCUCUGUGUGUGUAUAUACUACUGGCUCUGAAAUGUCAACACUGGUGAGCAGGAGCUGAGGAGAUGAAGAGGCCUGAAUCUCUGGUGAUGCGGUUGGAACUCCUUCUGUUCUACUCCUUCUUCUUCUUCUUCUUCCUCUUCCCGGUGGCUCAGUCCGUUGAUGUCACUUACCAUUUGGAAGAAGAGAACAGUCCCAACAGCUACAUAGGAAACAUCGCUACCGAUCUCUGGUUGCUAAGCAACGUUGCAUCAAAGGACCACAGCCUGAUAUCGUUUGACAUGCUCAAGCCACGAGACAGCAUCACUGCCCAGUUGUUUAAUGUGACCCACGAGGGAAAACUUUACGCCACACAAACUGUAGACGCCGAGAGUCUGUGUUUGUAUAAUACGGAAUGCUACAAAAUCCUCAAAAUUGCUGUCCGUAAAGAGGGGUCGUUUAUGAAAAUAUUAAAAGUCAAAGUCGUCAUUGAGGAUAUCAAUGACCAACGUCCCGAGUUCCCAGUGAAAAAAAUUGACAUCCAGUUUUCAGAAGAUGACCGAAACGGUGUAGAGAGGUCAGUUCCCAGUGCAAUUGAUCGUGAUGUUAGCAUUCAGAAUUCCAGAAUAACAUAUGAACUUAGGAAGAAUAAUGAACCAUUCUCUUUAUCAGUUACUAAAAGAAUGACUGGAAGUUCAAAGUUAGGAAUUGUUUUGGAUAAAAAACUUGACCGAGAAAUGAACGCUAGUUAUGUGGUUCAGGUUGUGGCCAAGAACAGCAAAUUCCAGUUGAGGCAGAGCAUCUUAAAUGUACAAAUAUCGGUGACAGACGAGAAUGAUAACUUGCCUCUUUUCUCCAAAAACAUUUAUAACACUUCAGUGAACAAUAUCCAUAAACUAUGCCGACCCCUGAUCGUGUUGUCUGCAACUGACCUGGAUUCUGGUAAAAAUGGUCAGCUGACAUAUCUGAUCAGUACAGAAACUUCAUUAGUUGCUAGGGAAUAUUUUCAUCUUAAUGAAACUUCGGGUGCAAUUUAUUUGAGCAAAAACUUUACGUCUAAACAUAAAAAGACGUACAAAUUGUUAGUAGAAGCCCGAGACAAUGGAGACCCACCUCUCAGUUCAACAGCAAUAGUAUAUAUCCAGGUGGUAAACAUAGAAAAUAAUCCACCAAUUAUUGAUAUUAAUUUUGUGUCUCAGUUAAGCAGAAAUGUGGGGGAGAUUUCAGAGAAAAUCAAUAUCGAUAGUUUUAUAGCUUAUGUUAGUGUGAGUGAUAAUAACAUGGGCAAAAAUGGUGAAGUGAAGUGUGACCUACAUCAUGCUAAAUUCCAGCUGUUGGAUUUGGGGCCUAAUGAAUACAAAAUGACAUUGAAAAAACCUGUUGACAGAGAGAUAAGGGAUCACUACGAUAUUACCAUUUCUUGCCAAGACAAAGGAACCCCUCCUUUACAAACUCUAAAGAAGUUUUCCAUCAAAGUAAUGGACGUUAACGAUGUUAAACCAAUGUUUAACAAAAAUACUUUUAAAUUUCUGACUUAUGAAAAUGGGAAACCAAACUUCCCCAUUGGUUUCAUAAAUGCUACUGACCCCGAUAUGGGAGCUGGAGGUCAACUGACUUUUUCUCUGUUGAGUACCAGCAAACAUGUGAUACCAUUCCAGAUAACUGAUUAUGGUUUUAUCUCAACCACUAUACCACUGGAUAGAGAACAACAAAAUGUUUAUAAGUUCCAAGUAUUUGUCAAAGACAACGGGAAUCCUUCAUUAAAUAACACAGCCAAUGUGAUUGUAGAAGUUUUAGAUGAGAAUGAUAAUGCCCCUUAUUUUACCUUCCCUAGUUCGGACCCUUUCAGUUUAGAUGUCCAUUAUCAUCCCCAAAGUAAAAAAGAGAUCACUAUUUUAAGGGCUUCAGACAGGGACAGUCAUAUGAAUUCAUUUCUCAGAUAUGAAAUACUCAAAGGAAACAUCAAACAGUUAUUUGCGGUGAACCCUUAUACAGGGGUCUUAUCAUAUUCUCGGACAGUUUACCAAAACGAUGCUGGAUCCUAUCAACUGGAGUUUGCUGUAAAAGACAGUGGCACUCCUGUUCUGUCAGCCACUACAACUGUCUCUUUGACACUGACCGUUAGCAACAAGACAUCUCCAGCACUGUCCACCGUCCAGUUAAAGUCUGAUAAAAUGAUCAACUUAACUUGGGUCAUUGUUAUUGUCACAUCUGCUGUGAUAGUGUCGGUGGCGAUCGUAGUGUCCAUAACUCUGUGUGUGGUCAGAUGUAACAACAACCGGAACAACCAGUAUAUCACGGAAAUCAACUCCGACCGAGAAAAAAGCCAUUAUACAUGCGUCACGAAGAAAUCGGACACGCUAAACAGGAGUUCCAACGAUAUGAUGGCCAGGAAUACUCAGUUGAUCGAAACUAAAGCCGAAUUUUAUCCUCAAUAUGAGUCACAAAGUGAAUGGACCACAUCGACCAUUGACAAAAGACCUCAGUCAGUCCUGCUGCUUCCAGCCCGCGGUUCCAAGAGUCGAUGAAGCGGACACUGAGAGACUACUGGGAUGUUCCAGCUUUUGUUCUGCUAGAUGUGUGCUUCUAGUGUAGCUCGACUGCGCUCCACUGUACUGCUGUAUACACAUCUAUAUACAUACAUGCACACACAUACACAUGCACAUCCACACACACACACAUACAUCCAUAUAUGUAUA